GAGAGAGAGAGAGAGAGAGAGAGAGUGAACAACCUAAAACUCUUGGGUUUCUUGUUCUCCGUUCUCUUCCAAAGGUGUCAUCUUUCCCCUCGGGCGUUAGCUACAGUGGCCUUGGCUUUUACGUUGAGUCCUGUUCUUUUGUGGCAGAAGGGAAUCAAGUCGAAAGGGAAUUGUUUUCCUCGGCGGCUCGCUGUUCAUCUCGUUCUUCUUCUUGUUUCGAUUGAGAAAAGUUGUGUUUUUGCGGGGUUUCUUCAGAUUCGAUGUCAGUAAGCUUGGAAAGGUGAGAUUUUUAUCGGUUGUCAGCUUUUAUAGGUGAGAUUUUUAUCUGUUAGAAGAGAGGAAGAGAGAGAGAAGGAUGAGGGGAGGGCUGAGCGCAAUCCUGCAGACGCUGACGCCGGAGGCGGCAAGCGUUCUGACCCGCUCUGUCGAGGAGGCAGCGCGGCGGAAGCACGGGCAGACCACCCCUCUCCACGUGGCUGCCACCCUUGUCGCUGCCUCCUCCGGUCUACUCCGGCGGGCCUGCGUCAGCUCACUCUCUGACACGGUCCACCCUCUCCGAUGCCGCGCCCUCGAUCUCUGCUUCUCCGUUGCCCUGGACCGCCUUCCUUGCUCCUCCUCCUCCUCAGGCGGGGGCGGCGGCAGCGGCGCCGACUCGACUGCUGAGCCGCCGAUGUCUAACGCGCUCAAGGCGGCGCUCAAGCGUGCCCAGGCGCACCAGCGCCGUGGAUGCCCGGAGCAGCAGCAGACGCCGCUCCUCGCUGUCAAGGUCAAGCUCGCGCAGCUCGUCAUCUCCAUUCUCGACGACCCCUCCGUCAGCCGCGUUAUGCGCGAGGCCAGCUUCUCUUCCACCGCUGUGAAGGCUGUCGUCGAGCAAUCCCUGUCCUCUUCCUCGUCAUCCUCCUCCACCACCGCCCCCGCUUCAACCUUCACUUCCCCUGCUUCCCCUGCUAUCUUCGCUUCCUCCCUCGGCGGCGGUCUCAGUCACAAUUUAAGCAUCCAUGCCUCCCCCGCCCGCAACCUCUACAUGAAUCCCCGCUUCUACCAGCACCGACACAGCAGUGGCGCCACCGCCGGAGGUGGCCUAGAGGAACCCCGGAGAGAGGAGGUGAAGAGGGUGAUGGACAUUCUGCUGAGAUCCGAGAAACGGAAUCCGGUCCUUGUCGGUGACUCGCAUCCGGACGCAGUCAUGAAGGAGGUACUACAGAAGAUCGAAUCUGGCGACGCACCGCCGCCACUCCAAACAGCCCAAGUCGUCUCCUUCGCGAAGCAACUGGCCACAGCCGCCGUUGCUAGCGACCUGUCCUGGAUCCCCGCAUGGAUCAGAGAGUUGGGCGCCUCCAUCGAGUCCGAGAUGAGCCGGGGCCAUGGCGUGGUUCUUGAUCUCGGAGACCUCAGCUGGCUGGUGGAGAGCCCCGGCGGGGCUUCAAUAGCUUCGGCUGGGUCUCAGACGAGGCAGAUCGUUUGCGAGGUCGGCCGUGUGGUGGUGGCGGAGAUGGGGAAGCUUGUGAAGAGGUUUGAAGACCACGGUCGGCUGUGGCUGGUUGGCACGGCGACGAGCGUGACGUACCUCCGGUGCCAGGUCUACUACCCGGCGAUGGAGAAUGAUUGGGAUCUGCAGGUGCUGCCGAUCGCUUCACGGCCGCGUACAUUCCCAAAGCUUGGGGUCAUUGGUAAUCUUAGCAGCUCCGCUGCCGUUGCUAUAACCAGAAGUCAACCUCCCGAUGGCGCAGAUUCUUCAGGUAAAAUCCUGUGCUCUGUCUGCAUGGAGAGCUACAAGCAUCAACUGGCCAGGCUUGUCACCGAGGAAAUCAAGAAAUCGCCUUCCAAGGUUGAAGACAACAAGGCAUUGCCGAAGUGGCUGCAGCUUGCUAAGCUUAGCGAUGGAGGUGGCACGAAACCAUCAACUAGUCUUCUUCAGGCGAAGGAAGAGGAACAAGAGCUGAUGGGGAAGCAGAGCACGGAGGAGCUGCUCAAGAAAUGGCAGGACACGUGCUCUCGCCUUCACCCCAGCUUCUCUCAUACGGUGCUCCUUGGCUCUCCCCAGCCUGAUUCGGACUUAACACUGUUUCGAAACCUCGUCCACCGGAGAAAGAUUAUGCUGAACGCAUCAAGUGAGCAGCCAUGUAGCCUUCCUCGGAGCCCGGUGAAGACUGAUCUGGUCCUCGGGAACUCGAGAGCCUCAAACGCUCUGUUGGAGAAGACCCAUGCAGAGCGCGUCAAGGACUUCACUGAGUGCACGCAGGAUGGAUUCUCGAUCCAGCAGAGGGCCAAAGUCACCGGCAUCUCGGAGAAAGAUGCCUUCAAGCGGCUGUUGAAGGGGCUCACCGAGAAGGUUGGCUGGCAACAGGAAGCAGCUUCCGCCAUUGCUACUGCUCUGAUGCACUCCAAACCCGAGAACUGGAAGCGGCCAGGCGGCGGUGCUAAAGGCGACACUUGGCUUCUUCUCAUCGGCCCCGACAAGGUUGGUAAGAGGACGAUGGCCACCGCGCUGUCGGAGACCUUAUUCGGGACUGCCCCGACCAUAGUUCGUUUCGGUGGCACUUCAACAUGCUCUAAUGGAGACGAUGGAGAGUCGAACAUGGUCUCGCGUGGAAGGACUCCGAUGGAUCGUGUGUCGGAGGCUGUGCGCCGGAACCCGUUCUCGGUGGUCGUGCUCGAGGAUAUAGAUCAGGCAGAUGGGGUCGUGCAGGGAGGCAUCAAGCGGGCCAUGGAACGGGGUCGACUGCUCGACUCGUACGGCCGGGAGGUCAGCUUGGGGAGUGUCAUCUUCGUCCUCACUUCGAGUUGGUUGCCGGAAGAGCUCAAGAGCCGCCAUGAAUCCCUCAUCCUUCUAGAGGAGAAGAUCUUGCACUCCGUCGGUCAUGGGUGGCAACUGGAGCUCUCAGCUGAGAAGAACCCCGGAAAGCGUUGUGCCGAUUGGCUCGGCAAUGGUGAUCAACCAACGAAACUGAGGAAGCAGUCGUCGUGUGGCGUAGGCUUAUCGCUGGACUUGAACUUGGCAGUAGCUAUGGAGGACGCAGCCGGAGAGGGCUCAUGGAACUCAAGCGACCUCACCACCGAGCACGAACAUGAGAAUGGAAGGCUGGCCGUCAAGUGUUCGACGUCGUCCUCUGCCUCCCAGUGGAUGGAAUUGGUGGAGAAUACCAUAAUGUUCAAUCCUGUGGACUUCAGCCCUCUGAGAAGGACCGUAUCAGACUCAAUAUCGACGAAAUUUGCCACCGUAAUGGGCGACGGAUGCUCCAUAAAGGUCGACGAGGACGCCGUCGACCGGAUCGUCGCGGGCGUAUGGCUCGCGGGAGCAGCAUUCGACGAAUGGUCCGAAAGGGUGCUAAUACCCAACUUGAGGCAACUGAAGUGUAAUCUGCAAGCAGACGACGGCGUGGUGGUCGUCAGGCUAUCGGUGGUGAAAGGGGGCCCAGCAAAGAGUCCCGGCGACCGUGAGUGGCUGCCGACGUCGGUGGCAAUUGCCGUCGAUGGGUUGUGGACAACAUGAACAUCACACAGUGCUUCCUAUUGUUUUUUCUCUUAGGAUGCUGCUGGGAUACUGAGGCUUCAAAACCCAAACAAGUUAGAAUCUUGAGGCUGUUUAUAACAUGUUCAUCGAUCUAAAUCAUAUUCUUAUCCGAUCUUUUGUUUGACAUCAGCACUGAUAUAGGAUUCUCUUGUUGUUGUGUA